AUGAAUAAAGGAGAUAUUGAGAGUGAAACCCUAAUAAAAACUUAACUUCAGAAAAUUAUACUUAAAAUUUAGAGAAAAAUAACUCAGUAAAAAAAGCAUACUAAUUCUGUUCUUUGCAUUAUUGCAAGGGUUUAAUAAAGAUAAUGAAGCUGUUAAACAAUAGAAUAUACUUUCAUAUUAGUUGUUUUAAAAAAGUAAAAAAAAUCCAAUUGAAACAUAGGAAUAUCAUCAAUUAUUGAAAAAUGUCUAAAACCUAAAAACAUAAAGUUUAAUUGAUAAACAUUCUAUAAUUUAAUCAGAAAUAAAAUAACUUUAAAAUGAAUAUAUUGAGUAUAGAUAAAUUUAUCAGCAAAAAUGCAAAAUUAUCUUCAAAUAAAAACAAGUAAUAGAGGAACUUGAUGGAAAGAAAGCCAAAAUACAUUCGAAAUUGUAGGAAUAAUCAACUUUUAUAUUCUAUGCAAAUGCAAUAAAACUUUUAGAGGAAAUGCUUAAUAAAGAUGAUCCACGAAAUUUAUUUUAGUAUCACUUUGAGUACCGAUAUCAUUUCAUUCGAUAAAAAAGAAGUUAUCCUAGUCUGAGGCUCACUCAUCAAAUCAAGCAUCUAUCACGAAUAUUUUCGCUACAUAAGUAGAUUAAGUAGGGCAGGAAAUAGAAAAGGCUCCAAUAGAGGAAGAAAGGGAUUUGAAAUUGCUAGAAUUGAUAAAAAAUUUAAAUAAUGAAUUAAAUGAAUUUAAUUACAAUAAGAUUUAUUGGCUUUUACAGAUCAAGAAGUUCAAAUCUAUUUAGAUUAUAAAGAGUAGUUUGAUAGAUUAGGAUUUGAAUUUAUUUAGUUAAAUGAAAAAAAGUUUGAACUUUAGUCAAAUAUUAGAGAAAUAAAUUAUUGUAAAUAUCCUCAGACUUCAAAUGGUCUCUUACCUUUGAAAUUAUCAGAUAACUUUAAUAGCAAUUAGAUUACUUUAAAUUUAUUAUCAACAAGUGUUGAGCUAGAUUUAAAGGAAUAGCGAAAUGAGAAUCAAGUAAAACGAGUAGAAAAUACAGUGAUUAGGUUGUUUAAUUUUUUGAGAAAUAAUGUGUCAAGGGUUAAUCACUUAGUAAAACUUAUAUAAGAAAUAAGUGAAUUAGUCCCAUCUACUAUAUUUUUAGUAUUAGAAUAAUUAAAGAAUUCUUUAUAUAUAAAUGAAAUAAUCAGAACACCAACACAAAAGAAGUCAGCCAUGUAUGCUAUAACAAUCUUAGAAUAGAAAUAAGAGUUAGUUCACAUGAAACAUUCAAAAUUAUUGUCUCAAAAAUAAAUGCUAAAUACUGUUCAUAUUACAAAGAAACAUGCCCAUGCAUCAAUUAAAAAGUUUAAAAACUUAUAAACAGUUCAAACAUUCAUUAAGUCUCUCCUUUCUGAUGAGAUAGAAAGAUUAUUUAUUCAAUAAGAAAUGCUGGAUGAGUAAAAGAUUAAAAUAUUGAUUUAGCUUAACAAAAGAAGUUGAGAAAUAUUGUGAGUAAUGAA